UUGAACAUCGAUGGCACUUUAUACGCGCGCUGCAGCCUUAUUGGUCAUUGCUCAAACUACACGAAGGGCAUCAAAUAAAGUUGACAUCGUUAGCCCUCCAGCAGUCGAUAAUGCACCUCCGAUAACACAAGGACUUGGAUGUGUUUUUAUGUUAGCGAAUAGUCCUGUCGAAACCUAUAUACGCUAUAGACAAACCUUGAUCUUCUAUUUAGCUGCCUGGGCCACCGUUGAUCGAUCGAGACUCCGAGAACUUGCUCAUUCGACAAGAGUAGACCCAAGAGCUCGUACACGAUGUUCCGUGCCGCUUCCCUGUGUGUUCUUCUGAUCUGCGGACUGAUGUUCGCAUCAGCAAACAAGGGCAUCGCCGUAGAGGAAUGGACCGAGGAACGAGUGGAAGCCAUGAUGAACGCUAAGGCUGCCGCUGCUGACGAUGGCAUGACCUACGAAGCGGUGAGAGAAGAGGUCGAAUACAUGAGUUACCUUUACAGCAAAUAUGUCAGGGAUAACAACUGCGGUGCUAUUAUCAACCUGUAUGAUCCGGCCGUCAUGCUUAUCGACCACGAUGCUCCCAUCGUAAAUGGAAUAGAAGCUAUCCAGUUUACGCUGGCUGCGCUGGAGGGAGUUGGCUCCAUGAACAUGACCACUCUCUCUGUCGCGCCCCUGGGUAAGGAUGCUAGGUUCGUCUUCCAGCACGUCUUGGCCAAGGGUUAUAACCACGAAGGAAACUUCAUACAUGAGGGAGAGACUUUCCUGAUUUGGAAGAGGCACGCCACUGGCCUGAGGAUCCACAUGGAGAUCUACGAUAUUGCAUCUAUGACUACUGUCUGACCGUUUUAUUGAAGGAGACAAACACCGCCCCAGCAAACGACCUCAAUCCCCCCCCCCAAAAAAAAAUAAACCAAAUCCACCUUAAUGUCUUUUAAUCUAAAGCAUGAAUGAUGAAGCUCCUUCAAACGACACAGAUAAAACAAAUGUGACUUUUUGUUAUCUUUUUUUUGACAUUUUCUAUCAGUCAUAUUCGAUUUUACUUCAAUAAAUAUAUCACAAUUUGGUAAACGUGGUCAUUUUAGCUGUUCUAAAUACGAAUUGUUUUGGUGUAAACAUCAGUAACAAAAAAAGAGAGGUCGACACAGAACCAAUGCAUUGCUGGCUGGAGUGGGUUUAAUCGACGUUUCGAGACAGUAAAACUGCUCUUCUUCAGGAAUCUAUACAA